CCCAGCAUAUCCUUUACAGAUGCGCGCUAUCCACUGCGCGCUGCGAGACAGAUGUGCAACAAAAGCUGUUCACAUGUAACAGACGGUGGUUUUUAAAUACGGUGCACCGCGGAUCAGGCUUGUUUUAGAGGAGCAGUAGAGCAUAUUUUCUUCCUCCUGCUGCACUACGUCCACAGACGUCUGGUUGUCUUGACGUCAGAAGGAGCAGUGUGAGCGAGCCGGCGCUGCGCACUAAAGCUCGAGCUCAGCAUCCACAGAUCAGCUCCCAGAGGGAAGGACAACACACCACCACCACAGAGACACAGAGACACAGAGACACACAUCCACAGUCAGCUGUAGUGUGGCGAAUCCGAUCAGCGUUGUAGGAUGCCUCUUGGAGAGGAUGGAACUGGAUGGAAAAAGAAGACAUCAGACAUCAAAGAACAUUAUGACUUCAAAGAAGUGCUGGGAACGGGAGCUUUCUCCGAGGUGGUUCUAGCUGAGGAGAAGAGGACCCAGAGGCUGGUGGCCAUUAAGUGCAUCCCCAAGAAAGCACUGGAAGGCAAAGAGAACAACAUUGAAAAUGAGAUCGCCGUACUACACAGAAUCAAGCACGCCAACAUUGUGACGCUGGAGGACAUCUUUGAAAGUACAUCCCACCUAUAUCUCGUCAUGCAGCUCGUAUCUGGAGGUGAGCUGUUUGACAGGAUUGUGGAGAAAGGUUUCUACACAGAGAGAGACGCCAGCCAACUCAUCCACCAGAUCCUGGACGCAGUCAAAUACCUCCACGAUAUGGGGAUCGUCCACAGAGACCUGAAGCCAGAGAAUCUGCUGUAUUACAGCAUGGACGAAGACUCCAAAAUCAUGAUCAGUGACUUCGGACUGUCAAAGAUCGAAGGAUCGGGCAGCGUCAUGUCCACAGCCUGCGGUACUCCUGGAUAUGUGGCUCCCGAGGUGCUCGCUCAGAAGCCCUACAGCAAAGCAGUGGACUGCUGGUCCAUAGGAGUUAUUUCUUAUAUUCUGUUGUGUGGAUAUCCUCCGUUUUAUGAUGAAAACGAUGCCAAGUUGUUUGAGCAGAUUCUGAAAGCAGAGUAUGAAUUUGACUCUCCGUACUGGGACGACAUCUCAGAUUCAGCCAAAGACUUCAUCUGUCACCUGAUGGAGAAAGAACCUCUCAAGAGAUAUACGUGUGAUCAGGCCCUCCAGCAUCCAUGGAUCUGUGGAGACACCGCUCUGGACAAGAAUAUCCACGAAUCUGUCAGCGCUCAAAUCAAGAAGAACUUUGCCAAAAGUAAAUGGAAGCAAGCAUUUAAUGCCACAGCGGUGGUGCGCCACAUGCGGAAGCUGCAGCUGGGCACUAGUCUCGAGGGACCCAGUCAGAUUACUCCCACCAGUCCCUGCCAUGGACAUCUGCUCCCAGAGGAAGAGGAGGAGGAGGAGGACGACGAUUUGGGGAACGGGGAGGAGGAGAGCUUGUCCCACUACGAGGACGGCCGUCGUGGAAGCACAGAGGGCAGCGCAGACCGGGACAGCCUGAGGAGCUGCACCUACUGCUGCAGGCCAGCCAGUCGCGUUUGAGCACAACCUCCCGUUGUCAUGGUGACAUUGAAUCCCUGGAGCGCCCAGAGCCCGCCCGCCCAGUCUGGCCAGGAAUGCAGAGUAGUUAUCAGGCAGAGUGCGUCCACAGCGAGCAGGUCACUGUCACAGUGUGGAGAAACAUACUGUAAGUCUUUGUCCCCCCCCAAAAAAAUACACAACCCGACUCCAGACACACACGUUUUUACUUUUUUUUUGCAGACCAGAAUGCAAGGCCGCUCCGAGUGGACGGUGAUUUAUAGAAAGGGUCAGUCUACAUGAUUAGCGAUGUUGUCCUUUGUGCAGUUAUACUGUAGCUGACGGGUCAUUUGACAGUGUGUGGUCCUGGAUGUUAGCUUCAGGAAGCCUCUUGAGUCCUAAAGACAAAGACGAGGCAGUGGCGUAAAGGCAGUCUUCUCCAUUAGUUUUGUUCUCACAUGAUCAGUCACAUCUACCUCUAAUCACAAUUACCGUCUGUCUGCCUCCAUCUGGCUCCCACACUCUACGCUACUGGCAGCUUUCUCCAAAAAUCUGGCCAGACAGGGCACAAAGAGAAGAGGAACGCUUCCUGCUGAGAGCUACUCCUGCAUGUCUUUAUACUCCUCCUCACCCAUCAAUGUGACUCGGUCCAGUCACUGACCAAGUAGCUGUUUAGUUGAUUAAAUCUCAAGGCAUGACUUCACUGCCGAUGCCACCUCCCCAUUUGUUCUGUUUGUCUUUUUUUCCUCAUAUUAAGUGUUUCUGUCCUUUUAUAAGUAUUUACUACUUUGGUUUAUGUUUUUUUUGGAGAGUGGAGAGGUUAAUUGUGGGGGUUAUGGACUCUAUAUUCUGGCUCAGACUGGGUUUGUGAAGAGCGGUUCUGACCUGGAGUGUCUGCAUGCUUCUGUUUGGGAAAACAUCGAAAAUGUAUGAAUAUCAAAAGGAGACGUUUCUUUUUUUGUUUUAUGGCUGUUCUGUUAUCAGAGGCUCAAACUGAGAUCCCCCUUAAAUCACAGGAAUCUGACCUUCCUCCGUGGGCUCACAUCAUGUUAGGAGGUUUAAAAGGUGCAAUUGCGUUGAGAAUGCGUGGGAAGAUAACAAUCACAUUCAUAUCACGCUCGUCACCUCCCUGUUCUGUUUCUGACCAGCGUCUAAAUAUCCGCCUGCUGGGUCUUUUUACGCCGAGGCGGAGGGAUCUCAGUCUGGGCGCUCCGCCUGCUCCGUGCUGUGCACCUCUAGUGGAAGAAGUUUUGGUCUACUGUUUGCAUGACCUGGUUAAAUAUGUUUACAUGAAUGAUGAUCAAUUAGUAUAAACACACAUGAUUAUUAUUACUACUCUGUUGUAUUGAAAAAAAAAAAAAAAAAGUGUAAUACUGUAAUUUUGAGCUAUAUAAUGUGAAGUGAGUAACACCAGAAGUAACGUUGUUGACAAAGUACAACACAGCACAGUGGACUUAUCAUUUGCAUUGACUGUGACAGUCAAGUCUACCUGAGUGACAUUUCAACUGUAUAUUUACAACUCAAAUCUUAUUUUUUUCAGUCUGUUUUCUUGCUUAUGUAGAAUCUAUUUAUUCCUCUCUGGCACAAACAGAAAAAAAUACACAUAUCCUAAUUUUACACAGGUGCCAGCCACAGUACAAACAUGAAAAAAAAAAAAAAAAAAAGGAAAUCGCGGUGCUGGAAGCAUCACCUGUCUGCCGUGGGGGUGUGCAAGAUGUGUCCUCCUGGGUAGAUGAACUAUAAAGCCAUACACUGAAGUUCGGGGGAUGUUUUACCGUAGAUUCAGACAUGUUGUCAUCUUAUAAACAUACAAAUCAGAUGAAGGAUGGCGAGGUUUUGGCACAAUAUUUCAUGUAAAAAUAAUUCUCCCUGAAAAUACUUUAAUCCUGAUAAUAAUCAUACCAUUGUUAAUUUAAGGUCACGACACAAUGCCGUAUUAAUAGUUAGCUGUAGAGAUCCAUGAAAACUUUUGUUGCCCACAUAAAACCAGUUCCCUUGAUCUGUCAUUGACACUCACAGGUCCAUAGUACAAUAAAAGAAGGCAAUCACUCUGGAUUUACACGACUGUAAUUGUGGAAAAUAUGCAAACUGUGUGAAGGGCUUCAUGUUAACUGUAAGAUAGCCAACGUUGACCACUUUGAUAACCUGGCUAUUAUUUGUUUGGUAAUAUUGAACCUUACCUGGGAUUUGUUUCCACUCGGCUGUGUUUUUUUAAAAUCUUAUUUUACCCAUUACAAAAACACAUCUAAAUGCAUAAAAGAAACACCUGUAUAUUAUAUAUAUAAAUAUAAGUAUAUAUUGUAUAUCCUUUUUUGUAAAAGCUGUUUUGAGCUACAAAUGUAUGGAUGCAAUGCAUCAUGGGUUAUUGAACAAGAUGUGAGAAAAUACAAUGAUUUGUACCCACAGAGAUUUGAUCGCAGGAAAUGAAAUAAAACUUCCUUGUCUAUG